AUGCCAAUCUGCACCACAUGUUCAAGGCCGGUGGACUCGCUCUUCGUGCGGUACGGCAAGGAUCAUGUCGUCCUGGCAAGAUGCACCAGCGCCGGGCCGGCUUCCACUGGUCCUCGCCGCGCCAAAAAGCAGCAAGAGAUGCAGGCGGAUGGCGAUCGGCCGAAGGAGGACGAGGAGGACGGGAUCGAUGACGAGGAACGAGGCUGCGGCGCGUUUGCAGAUCCGUACCUCGAGCAUGGUCUCGCCAUCGUCCUGCUUGACCUGAUGCUGGUGAAGCCGAGGGCAUACCGACACCUCCUCUUCAACCGCCCAACGCUCACGCUCCCCACCGAUACCCAGAUCCUCACAUCGCAGCAUCCCCUCACUCCUCCGUCCCAACCGCCGCGGGAUCGGUACACGACGCUGCUCAAACGUCUCGUCGCGCUCCUCCUGAUCGAUGCCUACAUCCGCUGGUUCUACCUCUGCGUCCACCAUCCCUCGCACGUCGCAGCCGAUGGUCGGAUCGCCUCGGUCGACUCGGAGACCGAGGGUCGGCUGUGCACCGCCCCGCUUCGCAUGCCUUGGGGUUUGGGGGAUGGCGAUGGGGGAGGGGCGGGGGCAGGGGCCGGGAUCUUUGACAGCUACGUCUCAGUCCUGCUCGUCACGGCCGUGGAGAUGGUCACGUUCCAUCUCGUCGUCGGAUCCCUGUACUGGGCAGCCAUCGAGGGGGAGCGGUGGUCGAGCCGGCGUCAGACCGACAGCAGCAUGGCGGCGACGAGGUCUAAAGCUCCUCCCGCGGCGUCGCCGACUUCGACACGGGCACAAACGAGCGCCGUUGCCGGUCAGACCGACAUCGAUGCCGAUGCCACGGACACGGAUCGCCUCUCGCCGUCCAGCCAUCCGACGGCACCAUCGAUGCAGCCGCAACAGCAGCAGCACCAACACCAGCACCGCAGUGACCGCACCGUGCUCGAUCUGUACACGCCCGAUCUGGCGCCUACAUCGAUGCUCCUCUCGCAACUCUCGACGCUGCUCCUCCUCAGCCUCGUACUGCUGUGGGACUCGAAGUUCCCACGCCCCCCGUCGACUUCUUCACCCGGCGACCUCGCUGCUGCUGCAACAGCAACAACGGCGGCAUCGACUUGGCUCAACGCCUUCUCCGAGAGCCUCUUUGACAGACUACCCGCCUGGUCCGUCGAGGGCACCAUCAGAGCCGUCGUUGGCGGUCUCAGCGCCGGCGUCGCACUGGGCGUCAUCGUGCCCCACCGACCUGCCGUAUCGACCCUCGUGCUCCUUACGGCCUGGUCGGCCCAGGCUGCUGUGGCCAGGUGGGCCAUUCAGUGGAUCGCCAGGUAA